AUGAGCAGUCAAUCUACAUUACCGUAUUACACAGCUGAAAGCUGCCCUGCAAUGAGCAUGUUUAAUAUCUCCAUGGGAAAACUGCAGCGACAACUGUGCAAGGGAGAGUAUACUAUAUUCGAAUAUGCACCAAUGUUUGAGAGCGAUUUCAUCCAGAUCAGCAAAAGAGGCGAAGUAAUGGAUGUCCACAACCGUGGCCGAAUGGUGACAGUGGGCAUCGUCUGCACCAGCCCCAGCCUCAAAGUGCCUGAUGUCAUGCUGUUGGCAAGACCAACUGCAAGCCGUGAGGAGUACGCCACUUGCGGCUGUGCCACCCAGGGAAAAGGCCACAAGUCUACACAGACCUUGGAGCUAACCAGACUGCUUCCCUUGAAGUUUGUAAAGAUAUCCAUCCAUAAUGGUGAAAAGCAGCAGCUCCGCCUGAAGCUUGCCACUGGCCGCUCUUUUUAUCUUCAGUUGUGUCCCUCUUCAGAUACAAGAGAAGAUCUUUUUGUUUACUGGGAAGAUCUCGUUUACCUCCUGAAACCACCAGUGGAGGCUUACAGCGGUACCCAGGCCAUUCCAGUUAUAGACACAAUGGAUGUACCUGUAUUUGAGGAAGAGGAUGAGAGCCCAGCAGUAAGUCUUUGCAGAGACUCUAAAAGAUGGGGCCAGGGAGCUUUGGAGAGCAACUAA